CUGAUGCUUAUAUUUUAAAAAGUAUUUUUAAAAUGACGCUGUUCAGUAUCAGGGUGUGUGUUAAAAAGACCGCCCCGCAGUAAAAUCAUUUUGGAUGUCUAGUGACGUAUCCGCCGCUCCGCCGCCUGCUCUGGAGGUUGUCAGCUUUCUCGGCAAAACAGUUGGCGCAGGCGCGGCACUGACAGCUGCUGUCUACUUACUCCGCAAAGUGUGUUUAAUAAUGGCCUGGAAAUCUGGAGGAGCCAGCCAUGCAGAGCUUGUUAACAACCUCCGCAAAAAUGGCAUUAUUAAGUCCGACAAGGUCUAUGAAGUCAUGCUGGCCACAGACCGAGCCCAUUUCUCUAGGUGUAAUCCGUACAUGGACUCGCCACAGUCAAUAGGCUAUCAAGCAACCAUCAGUGCCCCACACAUGCAUGCCUACGCCCUGGAGCUUCUACAUGACCAGCUGUAUGAGGGAGCCAAAGCUCUGGACGUCGGCUCCGGCAGUGGGAUCCUCUCGGUUUGCUUCGCACGAAUGGUUGGCGCUAAAGGGAAAGUUAUAGGAAUUGAUCACAUCAAAGAGCUUGUAGACGAGUCUGUAACCAAUGUGAAGAAAGACGACCCCAGUUUGAUAACCUCGGGCAGAGUCAAGCUACUAGUGGGAGACGGGCGAAUGGGCCACACUGAGGAAGCGCCUUAUGAUGCCAUCCAUGUUGGCGCAGCAGCACCCAAUGUCCCCCAAGCUCUUCUGGACCAGUUGAAGCCUGGCGGCCGGCUGAUUCUGCCCGUUGGCCCGGCAGGAGGAAACCAGAUGCUGGAGCAGUAUGAUAAGUUGGAGGACGGCAGCACCAAAAUGAAGCCCUUGAUGGGGGUGAUUUAUGUGCCUUUAACAGACAAAGACAAGCAGUGGUCCAGGGAUGAACUUUGAAGAGGAGAAGACAGCCCAUAAUCCACCUUUAAGUUUGAACCUGGAAAAAACUUGGAUGGGGGUCAAACAGCCCAUAAGCAUAAUAAAACAUGCUCUUUUUGUUUAAGUCUAACAAUGGACUAGAGUAUCACAUUGAUGACAGCCAAAAAGGGCUAGGGAGAAAGACUGCUUAAUGCUCAGCACAGAAAUAGUGGAAAUGGCUUUUGUUUUUUGUUUUAUUUUCAGGCCUGCAUCUUUUUGGUUAUGUAUUCUUUUUAACUGCUGGAUUUUUUGUGGUUUUCAUUUGAUUUGCAAUCAGCCAUUUUUGCAGUAUUACAUUUCAGCAGCAUCAAAGCUGACUGUAGGAGGAACGCCGGACAACAACGAGGAAAGCCUGAAACUUAUAGAUAACUCACCUAGCUACAGCGUGUGUGUGUGUGUGGAUCAUCUAACUGUAGACCUCUCUGCUAAAAUAUGAGUUUUUUGCCAGCAGUAUUAGGACACACACAAAGGCAGCACAAUGGCUGAUGUAACCCACACGUCCUGUUUGACGCGCAGCAGUCUUACGUCAUUCUACGCAUAGAAUAAGCAACACAUUGGAUCAUACUGAACAUACUGCAAAGAGAGCUGAGCGCUAAUAACACCGACACGUGCACAUACAGGGCUGUGCUUUCCACCUGGUGAUCUGUUGCUUUCCGCCGCUGGUGUUCCAUUAGCAAUUUGCGCAGGCUCUUCUGGUGACCGAUACCAAAUGCGGUAGUCACUGAUUUGCCAAAAUAAACUCCCAACAAUACAAAGCAAAUGAAUGUCUGUUUUCUUGAAAUCAAAAAGCACAUUUUAUUUUGGGUGACGGAUGAUAUUUGGCUUUCACAAUUUCUGGAAUGGCACAUGAAAAAUAAAAAGAUGCUUAUGUUUUU